AAAAAUUUUUUCCGUAUAUAAAUAAACUAGCCUGUGUGUGUGAAUGAAUUCAUUCAUCAGACAACAUCAAACACACACCACCAUCACAUUGAAUUGGAACCAAGCAAGCGAAAACGACAAACAAACAAAAAGUGUCAAUCGAACAACCUGAUUGAUUAAUUCUGUCUAUCUUGAACAAACAAACAUAUCCUGAAACAAUUAUAAUCCUACGAAAAUUCAUUUCCAGAAACGAAACGAAACAAUCAACGAGAAAAAAAAAUAAGCAACAUUAUUAAUUACUUCGGAUGAAAAGAUUGUAUUUUUUUUCCAAAAAAAAACAAUACUCAAUUCGAUUUAUUCAUUCAUUUUCCUGAUUAAUACAUUGAACCAGUAACAACAAGUGAACAAAAUAGAAAAAUUAUUGAAUUGAAGAAUUAGAUUGGAUUUUCCUUAACGACCGACCAAAAAAAAAAAAUAUCAAUCGGAGAAAGUAAAGAAAAAAGAAAUAUAAUCGUGAUCCAAGGAAUCAAGUUGGUUAAAAGACGAAUAAAUUGAAUUAUCGAAAUUGUUAUCGAUAAAAAAAAAAAAAAAAAAAAAUAAAGAAAUAAAAAUUGUCAAAACAAAACAAAAUGAAUAGUCGACAACCAACAAAUAUUGGUAAAUAUUUUAUGGAUAUAAAUGAAACAUUAAAACAACAACAAACCAACGAUAAUGAUAAACAAUCAACACGAUUGAUUCAGGAAUGCGAUACAUUUAUUGAUUCAUAUAAUAAUUAUUCAAAUCAAAAUAUGAAUUUACGAUCAUCAUUAUCAUUGAUGGCCUUAUUGGCCAUUAUAAUGAUGAUAAUGACAAUGAGUGUAUCGGCAACUUUACCACCAUCAUCAUCUUAUCAUCAUCAAAAACAACAACAAGCUGAUAUUCUUGAUCCAUUAAUGUUUGUUCCAUUAUCAUCAUCAUCUUCAUUACAACCAUCAUCGUCAUCAUCAUCAUCAUCGAUAUCCAAUAAUAAUAAUAAUAAUGAACAAAGGUCAACGGAUGAUUCUGGUUUAUUACAUUUAAAUAUGCCACAUAAAUUAUCAUCAUCACCAAUGAAUAUAAGAUUUGGUCAGAAAGAAAAUGAACAAAUUAUGAAUCCAGAUGAAUUACAUGAUGAUGAUGUACAACAACAAUCAAUGAAUGAUUUAUUAUAUCCAAUUGAUUAUUAUUAUGAUAUUAACAAUAAUAAUGAUGGCAUGAUAAAUGAUGAUCAGGGUUUAGGAUCAAUUAUAAUGGAUCAUCCAUCAUCUUUGGUUGAUUAUUAUCUGGAACAACAACAACAACCAAUAAGCGAAUAUUAUAAUCAAUGGGAAAAACGUAAUCAAUGGAAUAAAUUUAAUGGUGCUUGGGGUAAACGUGCGGGUAAUUGGAAUAAACUACAAUCAGCUUGGGGAAAACGAUUAUCACCAUUAUCAAAGAUUCCGAUUGAAACACGUAACUGGAAUAAUCUGAAAGGUGCCUGGGGUCGUAAACGUAAUACAGCAGCAGUAAAUAAUUGGAAUCAAUUACAUGGUAUGUGGGGUAGACGUCGUCGUACAGCAACAUGGAAUAAAAUGUCAUCCGCUUGGGGCAAAAAAAAACGAUCAAUUGGUAUGGCUGCACCGACACAUUGGAAUAAAUUACGUGGAAUGUGGGGCCGUAAACGUAGUAUUACGCCACAGGAAACAAUGGAAAUCCUUGGACAACAACAACCAAUAACAAUAACGACAACAGAAACUCCUGAACUAACAAAAACAACAAAACAAUAAUGACCAUCACCAACCACCACAACCAUCAUUACCACUAUAUUUUAUCAUCACCAAGAAAAAAACAAACAAAUCGAUAAUUUUUUUCCUUUCAAAAAAAACAAAUCAAAAAAUAC